AUGAUGACACUCAGUGCGUGGUAAUGCAGCCUGUGCUGCGAAGCGGAGCUCAACUGGGCUAGCAAACAAGAGCUACCCCCAAAGAAACCGCUAUUGUUCUGCCCCGCUCUUAUCUGAAUGGAGCAAAUAUCCUGGAUGUAAAAUACAGAUAUAUUUUAAUCGAGAAGGCAGGACCAGCGGGGAGACAGAAUGUUUCCUCCUCAAGUGACUUCACUUCCCAAAAUUAGCAGAAAAAAAAGUUUCAUCCGGUUAACUGUCUCUUUUUCGCUCCACUGCACCAACCAAAAGUAAAAAAGAGCGAGCGAGCGAAGGAAAGGAAAGUAAAAUCAUUGGAAGGGGGGAAGAAAAGCCAGCGCGAAAGGAAGGAAGAUAAGAACUUCAGGGGGCUUCGGUUCCAGGCUAAACCGGGUCAAUGUGUGGAAUAUUGGUGGAAUCGGCUGGAGAUUAUUCUCGAUGGACGGAACUAUUAAAGAGGCCCUUUCGGUGGUGAGUGACGACCAGUCCCUCUUCGACUCCACGUACAGCGCUGCCGCUCACCUCCCCAAGGCGGACAUGACGGCCUCAGGGAACCCCGACUACGGCCAGCCUCACAAAAUCAACCCUUUACCUCCCCAGCAGGAGUGGAUCAAUCAGACGGUCCGGGUCAAUGUCAAGAGGGAAUAUGAUCAUAUGAAUGGAUCCAGGGAGUCGCCGGUAGACUGCAGCGUUAACAAAUGCAGCAAACUGGUGGGUGCGGGGACGGAGUCCAACCCGAUGAGUUACAGCACCUACAUGGAUGAAAAGAAUGGCCCUCCACCAAACAUGACCACCAAUGAGAGGAGAGUCAUCGUCCCAGCAGGGCACAUGAAAUCCAUUCAGAUGAUCAGGGAUUUGGGAAUCACUGCUGUGGGGAACCUGCAGAAUUUACGCUUGGAAGAUCCCACCUUGUGGACCCAGGAACACGUGCGCCAGUGGCUGGAGUGGGCUAUAAAGGAGUAUGGAUUAAUGGAGAUUGACACAUCCCUCUUCCAGAACAUGGACGGAAAGGAACUGUGCAAAAUGAACAAAGAAGAUUUCCUCCGAGCCACCUCCCUUUACAACACAGAAGUUCUGUUGUCUCACCUCAGUUACCUCAGGGAAAGUAGCUCAUUGCUGGUCUACAACACUCCAACCCACACAGAGCCCUCCUCACGACUCGCAGCCAAAGAAGAUCCUUCCUAUGAUGCGGUCAGGAGAGCCGGAUGGGGCAAUAACAUGAACUCCAGCCUCACCAAAAGUCCCCCGGUUGCAGGGACUCAAACUGUGAAUAAGAAUACAGAACAGCAACGGCCCCAACCAGAUCCCUAUCAAAUUCUGGGACCCACCAGCAGCCGCUUAGCCAACCCAGGAAAUGGAAUGUCAUUUCCUUUUCUCUUUGGCUCGCUUCAUGCAGGGAGUGGGCAGAUCCAGCUGUGGCAGUUCCUCCUUGAGUUGCUGUCGGACAGUUCCAAUGCCAACUGCAUCACGUGGGAGGGGACCAAUGGGGAGUUCAAGAUGACAGACCCUGACGAGGUGGCCAGGCGCUGGGGAGAGCGCAAGAGUAAGCCCAACAUGAAUUACGACAAGCUGAGCCGAGCCCUUCGAUACUACUACGAUAAGAACAUUAUGACCAAAGUGCACGGCAAAAGGUAUGCCUACAAAUUUGACUUUCACGGCAUUGCCCAGGCUCUCCAGCCUCAUCCAACUGAGUCUUCAAUGUACAAGUAUCCAUCAGAUCUUUCCUAUAUGCCUUCUUACCAUGCCCACCAACAGAAGGUGAACUUUGUGCCCCCCCAUGCUUCCUCCAUGCCUGUCACAUCAUCCAGUUUCUUCGGAGCAGCAGCAUCCUAUUGGACCUCCCCUACGGGCAGCAUCUACCCAAACCCCAAUGUCCCGCGUCAUCCCAACACUCAUGUACCAUCGCACUUGGGCAGCUACUACUAGAUGUUUUUACCUUCAGUGGCCUUUAUCAAUCUGGUUGGAUGCUCUCUUUACUUCUGGGAUUUUUUGGACCUUUUUUGGAUAUUUUGUGGGCCAUUGUUGCGGGGGGAAUUAAAAACUGGAUAUUAGUUAUUCUUGGAUCAAACCUUCUCUCUCUUUUUUUUUUUUUUUUGUAAUUUUGCCUCUUCUAUCUUGAAAUGAGAGAUGGAUACCUCUGCAGGCCAGUACUCUGUGUUUUUAUUUUGGUUCUAAGUCUUAUGUCCUCUGUAGGAAUUGUCCAUGAAGAUUGCUCACCACAACCUGGAAUGAUUAUCAGCAUUUGAAUUUUUACGAGACAAGAGAAAAAAAAUUAGCAGUCCUAAGGGUCUUAACAAGACAUAUAUCCAGCCGUGGGUCUUAGAAGAAUGCUAUGUUUGUUUAACGGGGACUUAGGACUACAUGUGUGUUUUUGGCAGGAGGGUUUCUGAUUUCGAGGAGGGGAUGGAAGAGUCAGAUAUUAUGUUGUGAGGAUCUGGGGCAGCAGAGGAUGGCAACUGGAAUCUUAGCUUUAAUUAAGGCCAAUGAGGUUUUUCACCCAACUGGAAAUUUUAUAUAUAUAAAGAAGUAAAGGGCAUUGAAGGAACCUUUCUAGAGUGUGCAACUUGUGUUGGACUGUAUAUUAACUCCAGAAACAUCUGAGACCAGAACAAAAGAAAGUAACCUAACAUCAAGCACAGACAUUCCUUGAGAGCAAAAAUGAAAUAAACGACAGCAGAUCCUGGAGAGCUCUGCCAAAGCUUUUGGGAUCGCUAAGCGCUACCGAUUCGCGAACGCUGUGCGUUUGUCAGACCGUCAUUCUAAGGGUCAGCUAAUCAGAAGGCUACUUACUGUAUAAGUUAUGCAGAGUUAUUUUUUCCCUAUAUCUCACAAUAUUAAAAGAAAGAUGAAAUAAAACGAGUUGACCUCAGUCACAAAUGCAGGUUAUUUUUACUACCAGAUCAGUUGUUUGUUGGUUUUUAUGUUGUUGUUUGUCUUGUUUGGUUUUUUUUAAAUGUAAUUUGUACAUCUUUUCAAUCUGUACAUUUGGGCUGUAGCUUUGUACUUUUUGCGAAAAAAAUUAAAAUGAAAAAAAGAUACACGUAAAGUAUCUGGUGGGAAUAGAGCCCUGAUUCCACAACCGGAUCCAGGCAGAUUUCUUUCCUAUACUAAUGUGCAACACAUCUGAGCUCAUUGGGAGUGUCUAAAGCACAGUUUUUGUGCUCCUGUUUUAGCUUGAGUUCGUUGAUGCUAAUUAACUCAAGUCAGCCAACAUGUUUGUAUUCAAGCUAGUUGAAAAAAAGGAUCAACAUUUUCCAAAUUUUUCACGACAAUUUUCCAUCAAAACUGAGUUUUUCAAACAUUUUGAUAAUUCUAUAAAGCUGGAUGAAAAUCAGCAAACAUUCUCCCCCCCCCAAAAAAAAAAUUUGAAAAGCUUUUGCAGAACAUUUUUAUCAAACAUUUGAAAAAUUUCAACUACCUCUAAUUUGCGAAGCUAGUCUUGAUGAUCCAGGAAUGUUUAUUUCAGGACAGAAACAUGAAGGUCUUGGAACAAAUGUUUAUAGAGGUCUUAGAUUGGUACUUACAAGCUUAUUAGCUAAUUUGGAAUUAAUUGACAAUCAUUUAACAGGAGCAAAAAUAUCUAGUGUAGACAUAACCUCUGAAUGUCUGUGUCAGUGCAAGGUUUAGUCCACGUGUAUUUGCUUGCAGAAUUGGGACCUUAAAACAGAACAUUAUAGUUUGGUCAUAACUUUAAACAGAAGCACUGAUGCCAUUAUUUAACAAAAGAGGAAAACAAGAUCAAGCUAAUCAGUUUAGGUCUUAGUGCUUUUGGAAUGUUUAUAGGUAACAUUACUGCAAUAAUCGCAAAAAAAAUAAAAAAAUUAUUAAAAAAAUUUCCCCAUGGAAAUGGGCUUUUGCUACUAUAUAUAUGCAAUGUAUUUUUGGAUAUUAAAAUAUAUAUAAUUUUGCAAGUAAUCUUUGUGGGUUUUUUUAAAAAAAUGUAUUAAAUGUUACGCUGACAACUGUUGUAUGAGGAUUAUGAUGUAAAAAAAUGUGAGAAAAUAAAUGGCUGUUUUCUUCUCUAAGA